AUGACCACGCCAGCCGAUAUACCUUCAACGCCACCUCCAACACUUCCAGAUGUCCCAGAAAGCGUAAUCUCAGACCCACCACCACCCUACCCGUCUAGGGAACGGCGCACAAGGACACCAAGGACACACCGCACGCACGGGCGAACACCAGGAUCGCAACACACGCAGACGUCCUCUGGGGACACGCAAUCGGAUGAUGGGAGGGUCGUUCCUUACACUGACGACGAUGUUGGCGAGCCCACCGAGAGGACACCGUUCUUGAGCCCCAGGAUACGCCACACGCGACCACGGUCGCUGUCACAUACCAGCACAACGUCAGCGGCUCCAUCGCUAGCCCAAACUGUGUUUUCGCUGUUCCAAACGGAGGAUGAGGUGUGCUUUGGGGAGGUUUUGGACGACGUACAGCCGUUGUCCUCUGGAGAGGAUGCGGUGUCUGUGGUAUCAUCGAGACGCGGGACCGGGUUCUUCUCGCGCGCAGCAUGGCGACGAUAUUUCCGCCCGGUGACCCGUAGAGCGUACUACAGGGCCCUACUCCACCUCGCAGUGCUCAAUUUCCCCUACGCGUUGGUGGCUUGGGUGUAUCUCUUCGUAUUUACGGUGACGGGAACAACUCUACUGGUUGCUCUCCCUCUCGGGGCAGUUCUCUGCUUCUUCGACCUUCUCGGAGCUCGUGCGUUCUCUCGCGGAGAGCUAGCUCUCCAAACUCGCUUCCAUUCUCCUCUUCUCGCCCACCCGCCGCCCUACCCUCCCCGAGCCAUCUUCACGCGCUAUCGCGAACCAACCACGGAAGAAAUCGAGUCGGGACAAGUACAGCUGUCCAGAAACGGUCUCGUGCGCGAGAAGUCAUUUUACAAAAACACCUACGCAAUGUUUACAGAUCCUACUUCAUAUCAAGCGUUAUUUUACUUCCUCGUCAUCAAGCCCGCUAUCACCCUGCUCAUCUCCAUCGGCAUCAUUGCUGUUGGUUUGCCUCUUAUCAUUCUCGUGCUUCCCGCUCCUGCAGUGCUUCGAGCGAUUCGCAAAAUCGGCAUCUGGCAGGCCAACGUCGCCGUCGAAGGAUUGUAUUUUGCUGUUCGCUGA